UCAUGUUAGAAGAGAAAGGCACGCAGACCGACUAUUCCUCGAUCGACGACCCGAGCAGUCCUGUCAGUUCGGCAUCCGAUGUGGAGAAGCAGCGACUGCACCGGCAGGAACGAGAUAACUAUGAAGAUACCAACAUCGUCCAAUGGGAUGGGCCCGAUGAUCCGGAACAUCCACGGAACUUUCACGCUGCUCGAAAAUGGAUCAUCACACUUUCUUUAGGGUUUAUGACCUUCUGUGUCACUUUCGCCUCUUCGGUAUUCAGCACGGCAGCUGUUGUGACGUCGCAGAAAUUCGGGGUAUCCGAGGAGGUCAUGGUGCUGGGAACGAGUCUGUUCGUACUAGGCUUCAGUUUCGGACCAUUGAUGUUUGGUCCCUUGUCGGAAUUGUACGGGCGAAAGAAGCCGCUGUUCGUGGGAUAUUUUAUCUUCGCCAUAUUUCAGAUCCCCGUUGCUGUGGCACAGAACUUGCAGACGAUUUUUGUCUGUCGAUUCUUCGGGGGUCUGUUUGCGAGUGCGCCGUUGGCUAUUGUCGGAGGAGCCUUAGCUGACCUUUUUGGACCCGUUGACCGCGGAAUCGCUGUUGCCAUCUUCGCUGCUAGCACGUUCAUCGGACCUGUGGCCGGUCCUAUCGUGGGCGGAUUUAUCACAAUGUCUCAUCUUGGCUGGCGGUGGACUGAAUAUAUCACGGCUAUAAUGGCAUUUUUCUUUGGGACGAUAGGUUUGUUAAUCGUGCCUGAGACCUUCGAGCCUGUUCUUCUUCGGCGACGAGCGCAGGUUUUGCGACGUAAGACGCGCAACUGGGCUCUGCAUGCUCGCUCGGAGGAGACUGUUGUUAUGGACCCGAAGCACAUCGCGAAUAACUAUCUCCUGCGACCGGUGCAGAUGCUGAUCCUCGAGCCUAUCUUAUCGUUGAUCACCUUGUACAUGGGCUUCAUCUAUGGAUUCUUGUACUUGUGCUUCGAGGCCUACCCAGUGGCCUUCCAGCAGGACCGCGGAUGGAAUGAGGGUGUGGGCGCGCUGCCAUUCAUUGCUAUCACUUGCGGCGUGCUAGCGGGUUGUGCCUUCAUCAUAAUAUUCACCAAAAUGCGGUUCCAGCGUGUGAUGGAACGCACUGGAACUCUGGUCCCCGAAGAACGCCUCGUUCCCAUGGUGGUGGGUGGAUUGUUAUUGCCUGUAGGCAUGUUUUGGUUUGGAUGGACGUCCAAUCCAAAUAUCACUUGGAUACCACAGGUUAUAUCGGGCGGAUUCCUGGGAGCAGGGGUGCUGCUGAUCUUCUUGCAGGGGUUGAAUUAUAUCAUUGACUGUUAUGCCGCCAACUCCAACUCCGCUAUUGCCGCUAAUUCGUUCUUCCGGUCUGCUUUGGGGGCUGGAUUCCCCCUGUUUGCCAACCCAAUGUUCCAUAACCUAGGAGUCAAUUGGGCAAUGACGUUGCUGGGAUGUUUGACGGCGAUUUUGUUUCCGGUGCCGAUAUUAUUUUAUGUUUAUGGUAAGAGGAUUCGGACGUGGAGUCGAUACAGUCCGACUGAUUGACGUGGUUUAUCUGUCUGGAAUGAAUCGGGAGUGUAGU